UGUUUACUAGAGUUACAUAAAGAGGCUGUGUUUAUGUAUACGACUGAACUGGAGACAGUCGUGUCAUUUUGUUACCGGGCCUUUGAUGGUUCAAACUAUGAUGUCAGAAGUGCAGUUGCUAAGUUACUUGGAGUAUUGCUUGCCACAACACAAACAUGUACACUAAGAGAUCCUAAGUUGAAGAGGACCGGUAUGGUAGAUGCUUUGAAUUUACUUGCUUCUGGCUUUGUCAAAGGACCAUCAGGUCUCUUUAAAGGUAGCACUGGAGGAGAGUAUCUAAAGAGUGGCACAGUAAACAGGGAGGUUCGGGUUGGUGUGACACAU